CUACCUAGGAGGAGACUCAGAUAAAAGGGAGGAAGCACAGUAGAACUGACAGGAGAGCAGAGUGCAGAAACAUUACUGGAGCUGAAGCUGUUCACAGAGGAAACACCGAACAGGUGGCAGGUAGCAGAGGCCAUGAUGGGCUCUGACAUACUUUCCUGUAAAGUCUGUACAUCCUGGAAGGAGCUCCUGCUCACAGUCUCCCUUUUAAUCUGCUGGCUGCUUUCCACUACUGACCAGCUCACUAUUGAAUCAGUGCCUCCCAUUGCUGUUGAAGGGGAAAAUGUUUUGCUAUUUGUGCAUGACCUGCCAGAGAAUGUUCAAGCCCUUUCCUGGUACACAGGAGGUAAACCACUCAAGAGGUUUGAAAUUACAAGACAUGUGAUUGCUACCAAUUCUAGUGUGAUGGGGCCUGCACACAGUGGUAGAGAGACAAUACUCAACAAUGGAUCUUUGCUGAUCAAGAGUGUCACCAGAAAAGACUCAGGAUACUACACUCUGCAAAUACGUGAUACGACCUCAAGACGUAAAAUAACACGUGCAGAAUUCUUUGUACAGGGCCCAGUUUUAGACUUCAAGAAGCAUCUUACCCGUUCUCAAAUCAAAACUGAGUUUGUGCCAUCUUGGAUUGAAGAAAAUGACAGUAUUCUUCUGCUGGUUUAUAAUCUGCCAGAGAACCUUCAAGGCUUUGUCUGGCACAAAGGAGUAUUUCCACUUGACCGUUUUAAGAUAGCCAGCCAUUCAUUCCUCACAAAUUCAACCAUGCUGGGACGUUCAUAUUAUGACAGACUGACAGUAUGCAAUGAUGGAUCCCUGCUGCUCUCGAAAGUCACAAUGGAAGAUUCAGGGCUUUACAGCCUACGAACCAUACCUGUGGAUCAGAUAUCACAAUCUGCCAUUCUGUACCUCCAAGUAAACAAACGGAGAAGAUGGGCUUCAGGCAAUCCAAGACCAGCAAGUCAACGACGGAUGUCGAAGAAUCAAUUACAGAAGCUGGACAUGUGUUUUUCUUCUUCUUACAUUACUAUCUAUUACAAUUAAAUAGCUUUUUGCUUACCAGUA